AUGGAAUCAUCAAAUGUUGUAAUCAAUGAUGAAGUAUGUUUAGAAACACAUUCAGAAAAUAUUGCUCCGGUUCAAGAUAAGCCUAUGGAGGUUGAUGACUCACUUUUUGUUGAUUAUGUGGGGAAGCAUAGUGAUGAAGAGUUGAUGGUGCUGAAUGAUGCAGUUUCCGUGCCAUCAAGUUCGGAACCAUCCACACCGGUUCAUGAGACUCAACAAGCACAACAUGAGUUUAGUCCUUCAUCAGAACAAAAAGGUACCUCCACAUCUCUAGUUAAAGGUCCAUCCUCUAGAGUAAGGCUAAAUCAUCCUACCACAAAUAUAUUGGGAAGUUUGAAUGAUAACAUGAGAUUAAGGUCAAAAGCCUUAAGUGUAAUUACUCACUCAUGCUAUCUGUCCCAAUUUGAACCGAAGAAGAUGGAUGAAGCACUUCAAGAUGCUGAUUGGGUUAAUUCUAUGCAUGAAAAACUUCAUCAGUUUGUUCGGAAUGAUAUGUGGGAAUUAGUUUCUAGACCAAAGGGAGUAAAUGUGAUUGAAACUAAAUGGAUCUUUAAGAACAAGUCAGAUGAACAUGGCACUCUAUAUCAAAUGGAUGUCAAGAGUGCUUUCUUGAAUCGAAUGUUGCAAGAAGAGGUAUAUGUUGCAAAAAGAGAUGAAAUGAAGGCUAUGUUCGAAAUGAGUAUGGUUGGUGAACUAACUUAUUUCUUGGGAUUGCAGGUGAAGUAA